AUUUCAAUUCGCGUCUAAUAAUGAUAUCUCUUCCACGAUUAGUAUUCGUGUAAAAUUCAAUAGUAACAUCGCCUUUAAGGUUCUUAAAAUCAGUUUAGAAAAAGCCUAAUAUGUCGUCACGACUUUUAGAAAUUGCAAAGAAGUUUAAUGUGUUUUAUUUAAAUGGUUUCGAGAAAAAUUCUUGUCGACCAUUCAUUGUAUGUGGUCAACAAGUAGGUCUUAUAAGACCUGAUGUGAUGAAAGAACUAAUAAAAUAUCCAGAAGUUUUCUUUAUCCGAGAUGUUCUGAAGGAUGAUAAAUCGUUUGAGACAAUUGUAGAACUAAAUCCAGCUUACAGAGAUUAUGCGGAACGUACAAAACAAGUAGAUACAAUUUUACGUGACAUGAGAACCAAAGGAUUGUUCGAUGCAGCUCUGAAAGGCUGGCGUGAUGAAUGCUAUGAAGUGCUUAAUAUUCAUAAUGUAUCACUUUUAAAAAUGGAUAGAUCUGCAACUUGUCUCUUUGGUAUUAGAAAUUUCGGUGUUGAAAUCAAUGGUUACAUUCAAUGUCCAGAUCGUGGUUUAUGUAUUUGGUUGCAGCAAAGAAGUUCAACAAAGCAAACCUGGCCGAAUAAAUGGGAUAACAUGGUGUCAGGUGGUUUAAGCGUAGGAUAUGGCAUUAGAGAAACGGCAAUUAAAGAAGCAGCUGAAGAAGCUUCGAUACCAUCUUGCCUUGCUGAGAAAAUUGUGUCAGCUGGUUGUGUUUCUUUUUUCUUUGAAAGUGAACGUGGACUUUUUCCAAACACAGAAUAUGUUUAUGAUCUCGAACUCCCAACUGAUUUUAUACCUUUCAAUGCUGAUGGCGAAGUUCAAGGUUUUGAAUUAUUGCCAGUAGCUGAAUGCUUGGAACGCGUUUUCUCGCCAGAAUUUAAGACUACAUCGUGUCCAGUUAUAGUCGAUUUUCUCAUUCGUCAUGGCUUCAUUACACCCGAAAAUGAAUCCCAUUUUACUGACGUCGUUGAACUUUUACACGUACCAUUGUGUAAGCUUUUCACUUAUCGUCAAUCAAAGAAAAUGGAAAAUGGAGAAAAAAAUGGCCAAAAUUAAAAAGUAAUUGCAACUUGCAACGAAUAUUUAAACAGCUUUUCUGAUUGAUUGAUAAUGAAUGAAUCAAUCCAACUUUUAUUAGAGUACCGGUUUUUUAAAAAUAUAACACAGGUAUCUACAUAAAAAAGCAGCAAAUAUUAAUUUAAAAACUAGAUUAUAGUUAUUAUCAAUUCGUGUAUUUAAAGUCAUAUUUAUUAAACUGUUCUCCUUACCUGAUAUACGGUUAUGAGAUUAAUCGAAGUCGCCCCUAAAUAUUUUAAAGCUCAAGAAAGUUAAUUAUGUUGUAACACCUUUUUAUAUUUUAUUACCUAAUUUGGUACAAUUUAAAAGAAAUUAAGUUAAAUCAUUAUUUAAAUUAUAUGAUAAAUUUUAAAUCUGAUGCAAAGAAAACAGCAACAAUUGCCAAUAUAAUCGAAGCCGCUGGAAAUGACAACAUUUCAU